AUGUGUAACUUUGUUAUUAUAUCCAUGAUAUCCUUAACAGACAUCAAGAGCUUACCUUCAGCUUCUGGUUUAGCAUUUCGGCAUGAGCUUAAGAUCAAACGAGCUCAAAGGCGAAUGAGUGAUGACAGAUGUCUAGAGAACAUCGAAAUUACAGAUCUUAUAUUGCCACUACGUGCACUUUGGCUGUCCCAAAAGACAGCGCUGUCUUUCAAAAUUUAUUUAUUGUUACUGAGGGUGACCAAGAGCAAUGUGAAAGAGUCAAUUGGGACAACAAGUCGAAAGAAGUAUUUUUAUGAAAGAAAGCACACUGUUUUUAAACGGCCAGCGUUUGAAAGUAUAGUUGUCAUACGAUUGGAUUGCAGAAUGGAAGCACCGUUGUGA